CCUGGGUUGUCGAGAGUAUUGCCAACUCUUGUAUGGACGUCGUUUGGUUUUAGGUGGUUAGAAACACUUUGUUAAAUCCGUUUCCAUCUUUCGUAUUUUAAUAUUAAGUAUAAAGAUGACUGAACAAUUAUAUCAUCGAGGAACUUUAAGAGGACAUAAUGGAUGGGUUACUCAAAUUGCUACAAAUCCAAAAUUUCCCGAUACAAUUUUGUCUGCUUCGAGAGAUAAAACGUUGAUAAUGUGGAAAUUGACCAGAGAGGAUACAAAUUAUGGCAUUCCUCAGAAGCGUCUUCGUGGUCAUGGGCAUUUUGUUACAGAUGCUGUUAUGUCUUCAGAUGGACAAUAUGCUCUUUCUUGCUCUUGGGAUAAGACACUUCGUCUCUGGGAUCUUACAAUUGGACAUACAACACGUCGUUUUGAAGAUCACACCAAGGAUGUGUUAAGUGUUGCAUUCUCUGUUGACAAUCGUCAGAUUGUUUCUGGAUCGCGGGAUAAGACCAUUAAAUUAUGGAAUACCUUAGCACAAUGUAAAUACACAAUCCAAGAAGAUGGCCACGAAGAUUGGGUGUCCUGUGUACGAUUCUCUCCCAAUAAUAGCAAUCCAAUUAUUGUAUCUUGUGGAUGGGACAAGUAUGUUAAGGUUUGGAACUUAACUAAUUGCAAAUUGAAGACAAAUCAUGUUGGCCACACAGGAUAUUUAAAUACCGUGACAGUAUCUCCUGAUGGAUCAUUGUGUGCUUCUGGUGGAAAGGAUUGUAAAGCCAUGUUGUGGGAUUUGAAUGAAGGAAAACAUCUUUACACUCUGGAUCACACAGACAUCAUCAAUGCUCUCUGCUUCAGUCCAAAUCGUUACUGGUUGUGUGUGGCCACCGGACCGAGCAUCAAGAUCUGGGAUCUGGAAGGUAAGAACAUGGUAGAUGAAUUGCGCCCUGAAGUGAUCAGCACCAGUGCAAAGGCACAGCCUCCCCAGUGCAUUUCCAUGGCUUGGUCAGCCGAUGGACAGACGCUGUUUGCUGGAUACACCGACAACUGCAUCAGGGUGUGGCAGGUUUCCAUUGGCACCCGAUAGUCACUGUAUUGUCGAACUAAAUAAAAUUUAAAAGAUAAAUUUAACUGAUAAAA